AUAUCGCUCGCCAUGUGACCUACGUCAGCAAUAAUUUUUUGAAAAUGAUUUUUCAUAUCAGUUUAUCUGAAUUCACACAUCAUUCGUAUGAAUAAUAUUGGCUCGCGACAGAAUGAUAAAUAAUAAACACGUGCUUUAAUAGAUUGUCAAUAGUAUCACUUAAAAAAUGAUCAAAUUUGUAAUUCACUUAAAAAGUAUCUUCCGGUUUCUAGUUUGUUAGUUUCUUAAGACAAUGAGGUUUUUUGUAAAUAUUCUAGUUUUGGUGAGUGCAUUGGUCGUAGUUUCUGCUCAAAAUAAAAAAACCAAAAAGUAUGAAUUGGAUGUGAGAGAUGUAGAAUCAUUGACUGCUACAGAUAGAGAUGCUCAAAAACAAGUUUGUAAUGGAAAAGAGUGUAAAAAAUUUCAAAAUUACGAUCGAUAUGAUAACGACGAAGACCACCAUGAAACAUUUUCAAAAUAUAGUAAGCAGUUUAACAAAGCUAAAUACCGAAAUAAAUACAAUGAAAAAGAAGGAUAUAGAGAACCAAAAAACAAAAAAGAAGGGAGUAAUCGAUAUGAGGGAAAUAAAAAAAAUGUUGAACAAAUUAUCGAUGAAAGUAGUGAAAAUACAGAAGAUGAUGGCAGCUCUAAUUCCAUAAGAAAUAAAUAUAAUAAAAAGCAAGACAGAGAUGACAAUAAAUAUAAAAAGAAAAACUAUAUAAAGAAAUAUGAUUCAAGUGAAGAUUCUAAUCAAGAUAAUGAUAGAAAGUUCGCGAAAAAUUAUGUACUAGAAUAUAAUAAUAUGAAAGACGAAAAGUAUAAUAUAGAAGUCAGGAAAAUAAGAAGGAAGAAUGAAGAGAAAAAUAGAGAGAAAGGAAAGAAAAAAGAUCAAAUGAUAACUAAAAAAUAUACCAAAAAUAAAUUGAAGUAUGAUAAUGAUGAUUUAGAUGAAAAUUCAGCGGAACAAGAAUACAACAGAAAUGUUAAAGCUAUUGAAGGUAAAAUGAGAAAACAAGUAAAAUUUAAAAAACAAGAUAGCAAUAAUUCUGACGGAAUUAAUUAUAGAAAUAAUAAGCAAAAGCAAAAAAAUACUGUAAAUACUAGUGGGCUUAAGCUUUUAACAGAAAGUGAGGAAUCAUCGGAAUUUGCUACAGUUGAAACUGAUGAUGAGCAGACUAAUGACAACGAAGAUAAAGAACAAAAUGAAAGUGAAGAUAAUAAUGACGAUAAUAAUGAAAGUUAUUUUGAUGAAAAUAAUGAAAGAGAUGCUAAAGAAGAUAAAGACAACGAUGACACGUCUAAAGAAGAUAAAAAGCGAAAACCAGAAAACCGAAUGGUCGAUAGUGACAGUGAAGAGGAUUUCAGUAACGAAGAAAAUGAAAAGUUUUCACGUAAGAAAAAAAUUAUCAGUAUAAAGAAAUAUCGUCACGAGAAAAAUAAAAAUCCUACUAAUAAAGAUGACAGUUUUCUAAGAAAAAUCCACAGGCUGAAGAAAAGAAAAUUUCAAGAUGACGACGCUGAUACGGACUCGAAUGAAGAUGGUCCUCCAAAAAGAUUUCAUUUUAAUACCGAUGAAGAAGAUUAUUGAAUUUCUGUAGAAAAAAAGAUAGUGGAAAUACGUUCAACAAAAAAUAUUGGACAAGUUAUACAUAAAAAAUUUUUUACUUAUAAUUGAUAGUAGUUCAAUUCUACAUUACCCAAUACCAAAACAAAAAAUGACAGUGUCUGUGAUUUUAAAUAAUAAUUAUCGAAUUUCCAAAGUGUAAUAACCAAAAAUAUACUUUUUAUUAGAAAAAAUAUAUAUAGAUGUAUAUAAGUAUUAAUUACUCUUAUUAAUUAUUGUUAUAGUCCAUUCAUUUGAAAGCAAUAAAGAUUAAUCUUGAAUUAUAA